CAGUGUUGCAAAACACCGUCGGUAACAGCGCCCCGUGCAAUGUGAACGUAUGACGACUUCUCGACCAGGGCUGCCAACUAUCGAUAAAUAAUCGCCUAAUUCCUUAGCAUAGUAAACAUGAACUUCUGAUAAAUAAAAUGGAACUCCUGAACGAAGAUGCACUGAACCCGGUUGCCAAGACGGCAAAGAGUGGGAUGUCCACUGGCGGAAAGAUCCUGAUAGCGGCAACCGGCGGAGUAGGCAUCGGCCUGUCGAUUGUUUGCACUUCCUUUGUCGCGCCGGCAUUCCGGAGGAUUUGUUUGCCGUAUGUGCCAGCGACGACCGAGCAAAUACAGAAUGUUUUAAGCUUCCUGCCCAAGAAUUCGACCGGAAAAUUGCUGGACAUUGGCUCCGGAGACGGACGAAUCGUAGUGGCUGCGGCACAGCACAACAGGGCACUACGGACAGACGGUGUGGAGCUGAACCCAUGGCUGGUCUACUACUCACGCCUGGCUGCAUUGCGUCACGGGGUUUCCACUCAGACGAGGUUUUUCCGGCGAGAUCUCUGGAAGUUCGAAAUAAAAGACUACAACUUCGUGGUCAUUUUUGGGGUUGAGCAGAUGAUGCAGGAUCUAGAACACAAACUCAUCGCCGAGUGUCCACACAACACCAAGAUUAUAGCCUGUCGCUUUCCACUGCCCAGCCUGGAGCACGUGAAGAUUAUAGAGGACGGAGUAAACACCGUCUGGUUCUACGACCUCAGCAAAAGCUAGCAAGUGUUAUUAAAUUGGUAUUUUUAUUGUUUCCCUCAGUAA